GCUUUUACGAUUCAGGGCUUCAUCUUCUCCCACGACGUUGCAGGCCUGCUUUCCUCUCUCUCUCUCCAAACCACCAUGAAGCAGGGCGAAAUUAAUUCCUUCGUCGUUUUUUCUAAGUAGUCUCAGAGCCGCAUGGGAAAGACAGGUGAAGGGUUUGCUCUCCCUGAGGCACCUCCCUCUUCCAGAGCUCAGUCUGAGGGCCCGACCUUAACAUUAAAGUCUACUUUUGUGCAGAGCCUUUUUUUUUUUUUUAAAUUGAGAGAUCCAGGGGGAAUAAGGCACUAGGGUGUAAUUUCAGUUGAACUAUUGCUAAUUAUGGCCCCUCAUCCCAUAUUGAAGUCUUUGCCUUCUAUGUUGUUAUUUUUCACAACAUGAAAUCUCUCCUUGGUUCUGAUUUCACUGGACUUUGAUUUGCAGACAGCAUCAUGGAAGUUCUGCGUCCACAGCUUAUAAGAAUCGGUGGACGAGUUUACAGGAAGAAUCCCAUCCAAGAACAGACUUAUCAACAUGAAGAAGAAGAUGAUGACUAUUACCAAGGCUUCGUGGAGUGUGCAGAAGAGCCCUGUGAAGCCUACGAAGUGGUGCAGACCCCACAAGGUUUCCGGUGUACUGUGAAGGCCCCCAGCCUGCUCUACAAGCAUAUAGUUGGAAAGAGAGGGGACACAAGGAAGAAACUAGAAGUGGAGACCAGAACUUCUAUUAGCAUUCCUAAGCCUGGACAAGAAGGAGAAAUUGUAAUCACUGGCCAGCAUCGCAGUGGUGUGAUUUCAGCCCGAACUCGGAUUGAUGUUCUUUUGCUCACUUUUAGAAGAAAGCAGCCCUUCACUCACUUCCUUGCCUUCUUCCUCAAUGAAGUUGAGGUUCAGGAGCGAUUUCUGAAGUUCCAGGAGGAAGUACUGGAGAAGUGCUCCAUGGAUCAUGGGGUUGAUAGCACCAUUUUCCAGAAUCCUAAAAAGCUUCACCUAACUAUUGGAAUGUUGGUGCUUUUGAGUGAACAAGAGAUCCAGCAGACAUGUGAGAUGCUACAGCAGUGUAAAACGGAAUUCAUUGAUGACAUUUCUGGGGGCAAACCUCUGGAAGUAGAGAUGUCAGGGAUAGAAUACAUGAAUGAUGAUCCUGGCAUGGUGGAUGUUCUUUAUGCCAAAGUCCACAUGAAAGAUGGCUCCAACAGGCUGCAGGAAUUGGUUGAUCGGGUGCUGGAACGUUUUCAGGCAUCUGGACUAAUAGUGAAAGAGUGGAACAGUGUGAAACUCCAUGCUACAGUCAUGAAUACUCUAUUCAGGAAAGACCCCAACGCUGAAGGCAGGUACAAUCUCUACACGGCGGAUGGGAAAUAUAUCUUCAAGGAAAGAGAAUCAUUUGAUGGUCGAAACAUUUUAAAGCUCUUUGAGAACUUCUACUUCGGUACCCUAAAGCUCAAUUCAGUUCACAUCUCUCAGAGGUUCUCAGUAGACAGCUUUGGAAACUAUGCCUCCUGUGGACAGAUUGACUUCUCCUGAGGUGGAUCUCUGGAAGCACUCGAAAUUGAACAUCCUGACAAGGGUCUGCCUUUCUUUCCAAAGCUCUUCUCCGGAAAUGUACCUCUGAAGCCCACCGGAGCUCACAUUCGCGUUAUUCCUUCUAUACCUACUGAUUUUGCCCCCACCAUUGAACUCUUUUGUAUUAAUGAUUAAAAGAGAAUUACAGAUGUGUGAUCUUAUUAAUCUCUGUACCUAGGUCAAAUGUCUACAGUUUCUAGAAGGUUUGUAUUUUUCCCUUUCCCCUUGUACUCUUAACUUUAAAUCACUACCCCAAAAUAUUUUUUAUUGUGAUAAAAAACAGAACAUAAAAUUUACCCUCUUAAUCAUUUUUUAGAGUACAGUUCACUAGUGUUAAGUAUAUUUGUCUUGUGAAAUAUCUCCAGGGCUUUUUCAUCUUAAAAAUCGGAAACCCCUUAAACAACUCUUCUUUCUCCUCUCCCCCAAGCCCUUGCUAACUCCCAUUCUGCUUUCUAUUUCUGUGGAUUUGACUACUUAAGAUACCUCAUAUAUGUGGAAUCAUACAGUAUUUGUCUUUUUGUGACUGGCUUAUUCUGCUUAACGUGAUGUCCUCAAGGUGCAUCCAUGUUGUAGCGUGUGACCGGGCUUCCUCUUUAAGGCUGAAUAAUAUUCCACUGUAUGUGUAUACAGUUACCCCUCAGUUUCCCUGGCUUCCAGGACCUCCCUCCAUAUCUGGAUGUUAAGUCCCUUAUAUAAAAUGGCAUUGUAUUUGCAUAGAACCUAUGCAUACCCUCCUGUAUACUUUAUUUUUUGUGAGGGGUGGGAGGGAGGAGGUGUUAUGUUUGUUUGUUUGUUUGUUUAAUGGCAGUACUGGCGAUUGAACCCAGGACUUCGUGCAUGCUUGCUUUACCACUG